AUGUCACCCACGCAUCGUCACCCACCCAUGUCACCCACGCAUCGUCACCCACGCAUCGUCACCCACGCAUCGUCACCCAUGCAUCGUCACCCACGCACCGUCACCCACGCAUCGUCACCCACGCAUCGUCACCCACGCAUCGUCACCCACGCACCGUCACCCACGCAUCGUCACCCACGCAUCGUCACCCACGCAUCGUCACCCACGCACCGUCACCCACGCAUCGUCACCCACGCACCGUCACCCACGCAUCGUCACCCACGCACCGUCACCCAGGCACCGUCACCCACGCAUCGUCACCCACGCACCGUCACCCAGGCACCGUCACCCACGCAUCGUCACCCACGCACCGUCACCCACGCAUCGUCACCCACGCAUCGUCACCCAGGCACCGUCACCCACGCAUCUCAUUUUAAUAACUCUAGACUCCCAUAUUGCAAGUACCAUAAACAAGUUGGUCACCACACUGCAGAUUGUAGAACCCAGCAAAGGGCAUCCCCACCUCCUAGCUCCCAUGGUGGUAAGAUCAAUAUUGUCAAGCCUUCAGCUCUUAGAGAUAUUGCAAGUAAGCACCGUGUUCAAGUAAGAAAGUCACCCAUACCUUUUCUGAGUGAUUUUUCAGGAAAUAAAGUGCAAGUUAAGUGGGCACUUGACUUCCCACUCAAGUUAGAGGAAAUCACACUGUCUUUAACAUGCUAA